AUGCUGUCGGAGACGGGCACUGUGGCAGAGGGGCUGACUGAUGAACAGUGUGGAUCCAGCUCCGGCUGGCUGGCUGCCCGCCCCUGGCGUGAGGAGCCGGGCCUGCGGACGGCGGGCCGAGCGCUUUCUCUGCAGGGGCUGCGGGAACCGCAGACUGCAGCGGCGAGAAGGCGAACGGGGGGAUCGGGGGAUCGGAAGACCGGGAGGUUGGCUCCCGUGCUCCCAGCAAUGGCGGCACCCAGGGUCCUCCUGCUGCUCCUCCUCAUGACACUCACAUUCAGCUCUGCGAAGGCGGGGCUCCAAUGCAACAACAAGCAGAAGGAAGACAUCGACGUGCCGAGUGGCUCCUGGGUCCUACUGCCCUGCCAGUUCAACUGGACAGGGGUGGUGCCCGAGGUGAAGCGGGCAACCUGGCAGAAGGACCACGUGGUGGUGCACGACACAAACCCACAGGAGCAGAAGAAGCAGGACCGCAUGUAUGCGGACCGCACCUCCAUGGCCGCCAACUGGUUCGACAAGAGGGAGCCCCUGCUGAAUCUGACCGGGCUCACUCUGAAUGACACUGGCACCUACCAAUGCAGGGUGAACACCAAUCGGCCACAAUUCUCCAGCAUCUGUAAUACCAUCAAACUGACUGUCACUGAUGCUGCCAGUGUCGUGUUUGGGCCCAGUGUACUCCUCUUCAUCGGCCUGGCACUUGGAUCCUUCUUCAGCUGAUGGGAUCCGGAACAGAACGUGUCAGGUCUUGUACAUAUAAUCUGAAGCAAGCACUUCAAAAGACAAGAUGUUGUGUGCCUGUUCGUUUAGGAACUGAUGCCAGAACUCCCCAACUCUAGUUAAAGUGAAUCUUUGCAUGUGACUUCUGCCUCACCAUCCGUGUCCCACCCGUGUCUUCGCUGUGUCCUCAUCCAUUGCCCAUUGUUUUUCCCACCUCUUCUCAUUCAGGAAGGUGUCACUCAGGCUCUGUGUGUCUUCUGUGAACUUGGUCUCUGGGGUCCCCUAUCAGACAACUGCAGGAGAUAGGUAGGCGGACAGAUGAACAGAGAGCAAGAGACAGAUAACAGGAGAAAGAAAGGGAAGAGAGACAGAUAGACUGACAUAGAGAAAGAGAAAUGGACAGACAACAGAGAAAGAGAGUGUGACAAUGGAGAAAGCGAGAACACAGAGAGAAACACAGACAACUGACUGAGAGAGAGGGAGACUGAGAGAGAACAGAGAGAGGCAGAUAGAGCUGACAGAAAGGGAGACAGAGACAGACAGAUGAUACACAGAGAAAGGGAGAGAGGCUGCAGAGAGAAAGAAAGACAGAGAGAGAAAAAACAGAUAGACAAAGGGAAAGAGAGGGAAACUGCAAAAACAGAUAAAAAGAGAGAAAAAAAACAGAAAAACAGAUAGAAAGAGAAACAAAAAGUGAGACAGAUGGAGAGAAAGUCUGAAGGAGGGAGGAAGUGAGUGAGAGAGAGAGAAAGAGA